AUGUUAAAUUGUCACCAUAUUGCUUGUGAUGCUUAUUCUUUACCUCAACUUUUACUUGAUCUAAAACCAAAUUAUGAAAACCAAAAUUUACCACAAAUUGAACUGCAGUACAUUGAUUAUACUAUAUAUGAACAACAAUUAUUUAAUAGUAAAACAAAUAACAGUUUUGCAAAAGAUGCACGUUCAUUUUGGAAACAAUUAUUAGAUAGAUAUGAUUUAAAUCGACAAUUAUUAUUACCAUAUGAUUAUCUUGAAGUAGAGCAAGAUUUAGUACAAAAAAUAUCUGAUUAUUUAACUGAAAUGAAAGUAACAAAAUUUCAAUUAUUUUUAACUAGUUAUUGUGUUUUUUUAUAUAAAUUAACACAAGGAACAGAUUUGUGUGUAGGUGGUGUUAAUGCUAACCGUUAUGAAUCUGUAUUGGAAAAUUUAGCUGGUAUGUUUGUUAAUACAAUUCCAAAUUUUCAUGAAUUAAAACCAACUGAAACAUUUAAUUCGAUUAUGAAACAAGUACAAAAAGCAUAUUUAGAAAUUAAAAGUUAUUCUUAUUUACCUUACCAAGAAAUAAUUACUUCUUGUCGAAAUCCAGAACAACAACAGCAUUCACCAUUUCUUCCAUUUAUAUAA